AUGGACGGGACUCCCUCGCAGUUGACCACAGCUCACAAACGCCUGUUCCCACUCAUCCCACUGUGGUUACUAAUUCCUCAUAUGUUAUGCAAGGAUCAUAUUAAUAAGUACAAAGUGAAUGAUCUUCACCUUCCACUUUAUGAGUAUCAUACGUUUUAUCAGCCAGGAGACCUUAUUACUGGGGCCAUUGCUUCUCAAACUUUCCUUGCCUACAGUUCGACAGCCUUCACUGAAGAUCCACGACAGGCAUUGGCUGAAGAACUUGCGGUAGUGACUAAGAAUUACCAACACAUCCUGGCCUUGGCAUUUGCAAUCAAGGAGGUCAAUGAGAACUCUCACAUCUUACCCAAUAUCACCUUGGGCUUCCACAUCUAUGACAGCUAUUUCAAUGCAAAGGGGACCUAUCAAUCCACAAUGAAACUUAUAUCUACAGGAAAGAAGCUGGUGCCCAAUUACAAAUGUGACAACCAGAACCACCUGAUAGCAGUCAUCGGGGGAUUGGACUUUCAAACCUCUCUUCAUAUGGCAACUCUCCUGGAUAUCUACAAAAUUCCUCAGUUCAUCUAUGGCUCUGCUCCAGUGAUGAAUGUAAAAAACCCAGGCUCUCUCUUCUACCAGAUGGCCCCUAAUGAAGGUCUUCAGUAUGAAGGAAUUAUCUCUUUAUUGCUGCAUUUCCAAUGGACAUGGAUUGGGGUUCUUACUAUGGAUGAUGACAAUGCAGAAAAGAUUUUGCAAACUGUGCUUCCAGCUUUUUCCAAGAGUGGCAUCUGUUUUUCCUUCAUAGAAAGGAGCCCAACAUUUACUUUUCUCACUGAUUAUGAGGACAUGAUACAACAGGGACUGAGAAUACAUGAUAAAAUCAUGGGUAGCAAUGCCAAUGUCUUGGUAUGCCAUGGAAACUCGUAUUCCAUGGUUUUUCUGAUGUGGUUGCCUCAACUAUCAAAAACAGCAAAAGGUAAAGUCUGGAUUAUGACAUCCCAGAUGGAGUUUACGUCAAUGGGCUAUCAAAGGACUUGGGACAAACAAAUCAUUCAUGGUUCUCUGUCCUUCACAAUUCAGUCCAAUAAUCUACCAGGAUUUCAAGAGUUUGUGAUGAGCACAAAUCCUUCCGGCAAAACCAGAGAUGGUUUCCUCAGGGACUUCUGGCAACAGGUCUUCAGCUGUGUGCUGCCAAACCCGACUUUGGGUAAGGUGGAGGAGAAGAUUUGCUCUGGGGACGAGAAGCUGGAGACCCUUCCUGGCUCUUUCUUUGAAAUGAGCAUGACUGGCCACAGCUACAGCAUUUAUAACUCUGUCUAUGCUGUGGCCCAUGUUGUACAUGCCAUGAUUUCAUGUGGACUCAGGCAGAGAGUAACUGUGAACAGAGGGAGACUGAAGAGUCAGCAGCAAGAGUCAUGGCAGCUCCAUCGCUUUCUGAGAGGUCUGUCAUUUAACAACAGCAUGGGGGACAAGGUUUCCUUUGACCACAAUGGGGCGUUAAUAGCUGGAUUGGACAUUAUCAACUGGAUCGUUCCUUCCAACCAAUCCUUUCAGAGAGUGAAAGUCGGCAGGAUGGAUCCAUGGGCUCCUCCAGACCAAGCGUUCACCAUCAAUGAGGAGGACAUAACAUGGCACACCUGGUUUAACCAGACGCAGCCUCUUUCUGUAUGUACUGAGAGUUGCCAGCCUGGUCACAGUAAAAAAAUGAAGGAAGGGGAGCCGUUCUGUUGCUACAACUGCAUCCCGUGCCCAGGAGGGAAGAUUUCUGAUGCGAAGGAUAUGAAUGACUGUUACAAAUGCACAGAUGAAAAUUAUCCAAAUAAAAAACAAGAUUUAUGCAUUCCCAAGGAAAUAAGCUUUUUGUCUUACAAAGAACCUUUGGGGACCAGUUUAGCUUUUUUUGCUCUUUCAUUUGCUUUGGUAACAGGUUUGGUACUAGGAACGUUUAUCAGGCACCACAACACUCCCCUUGUCAAGGCCAACAACCGGAGCCUUACCUACACUCUUCUCAUCUCUCUCUACCUCUGCUUCCUCUGCGCUUUGCUAUUCAUCGGCCCGCCUGAGAAGGUCACCUGUCUCGUCCGACAAACUGCUUUUGGCAUCAUAUUCUCCGUGGCUAUUUCUUGUGUGUUGGCCAAAACCAUCACUGUGGUUCUGGCUUUCCUGGCAACCAAGCCCGGAUCCAGCAUGAGGAAAUGGGUGGGGAAAAGACUGGCCAACUGUAUUGUUCUUUCCUGCUCUUUUUUCCAAGUAGGCAUUUGUACAGUCUGGUUAGUAACCUCUCCCCCAUUCCCAGAUGUUGACAUGCACGCAGCAGCUGAAGAAAUUUUGUUGGAAUGUAACGAGGGGUCUGUGACUAUGUUUUACUUGGUCCUGGUCUACAUGGGCCUUCUGGCUAUUGUGAGUUUCAUCGUGGCUUUCUUUGCCAAGAAGUUACCUGAUAUUUUCAAUGAAGCCAGGUUCAUCGCUUUCAGCAUGGUGGUGUUCUGCAGUGUUUGGGGGUCCUUUGUCCCAACCUACUUGAGCACUAAGGGAAAAUACAUGGUAGCUGUGGAGAUCUUCUCUAUCUUAGCCUCCAGUGCUGGGCUGCUGGGUUGCAUUUUUUCCCCUAAAUGCUACCUGAUCCUUUUAAAGUCUGGACUGAAUGACAAGAGACAGUUAAUAAAGAGAGGUCAAUGA